UUUUUGUGAUAAACAAUGGCCAGCGAAGACUUAUUUGCGCACGAAUUCUCGGAAGAACACGAUCUCGAACUGGAACAGGCCAUGGAGACGGAGGCAGACGAACCAGGGGAAACCGAGGAACCCCCCGAAGUUGUAGACGAAACACCAGACAGUCCUCCAGAGGAAACGACCACAGAACCCCAUGCAGACAAGCCGGUUGAUCUAUCAGUAACAGUAACGAAUGGCCACAAACCUUCUGUCGAUCACGAGGCCAAGAUGACACAACUUCCCUUGGCCAGGAUACGGAACAUAAUGAAACUGGAUCCAGAUUUGCAAGUGGCCACAAAUGAAGCUGUGUUUACGGUGGCCAAAGCCGUGGAAUUGUUCAUCGCCUCACUGUCCCGCGAAUCUUAUACGUAUACCGCUCAGUCCAAGAAGAAAACCAUUCAAAAGAGGGACGUGGAAAUGGCCAUAUCAGCUGUGGACAGCCUGAUGUUCCUAGAUGGUGCCAUGAACUUUUGAACUCUCUGUUGGGAAACGCCAAAGAUAUAACCCAAGCAAUGUCUAACUAAUGAAACAGGAUUCGUCGAUUAUUAUUUUCUUUAUUUUUGGGAUAUUUUUGCGGCAAACACAUUUAGUUCUAAUCGGCCUAUUGGUUAAAUGUUAAAAAUAAUAUUUAAGUUAUAAAACAAUUGUUGAUUCGCAAGAACAAACAAAAUAAAGAGAAAUCAUAAUCAUAAA